AUGAUUUGGGAGGAAACGAGACACGUGUUGGCCGUGAAGGGACUGCCGGACGACUGGAAUGAGUCCGACGUCCGUAAGAGUAAUUUCAAGUAUUUCGGGAAUUUGGCCAAAGUUUGGAUCAAACGAAAGGCCGACAAACCGACCGUUAUUUUUAUUAAAUAUGACACCGAGAGUGGCGCCGAUGAGGCCGUAGUGACCAAUGGUAAGCCAUAUCUCGGCUCAAUCCUAUCCAUAACACGAGCCCAAAGAAAAGUGACCCCAAAACCAGACAAUACCGCCGAUGAGAGCGAUAGUAACAAAACCACUGAUUAUAUUGAUAUGGAGUCGACUUCAGUCCAGUUUACGUCCACUCCGUUAUCGACCAAAUCGUUGGGAAUUGAAAAACUGGAUCUAAAUGGAGACACAAGUGAUGGACAGCAAACUGAGCCACAGAUGUCAGACACGGAGUGUUCGCCACCGAUGAUCACCAAAAUGAAGAGAAUGCCAUCAAUGAAACGCUUGAAUUUUAUACCUAAUGAAGACAAUCGAUGCCUCGAAAGACCCGACCAAUCAAUGGAUGGUUACGUGAGUUGUGUGACAAUCGACGCGUUGAGAAAGGCUUCCGACGGGCCCUACAAACUACUUCAUGAGGUCUUCUCUCACUUGACUCUUAAACAACGGUUCGGUAUCACAAGAGUGUGUUAUUUCUGGCGAAGUGUCGUCCAAGAGAUGGCCGCUCAGGAGCUGUGCGUCACGUUUGGCCUCAAAGAGACACUGAGUUGCGGCGAUUGGCGCCACAAUACCAGCGAAUACAACGACCUCUCGGCCGCCAUCACCGCACCCGACGGUACCCUCAAGUUGGACAACAGUGUGUAUCGUUUGGCGCCGUUCUUUCGGGGCAUGCAUUCGGUUGAAUGCGUCCAUUUGGCCAAUUGUCACGUCACGACCCAAGCGUUGAAAUGGAUUAUCGCAACCUUUCAUAACUUAAAGUGUUUGCGUUUCGAUGACAUUCACGGUAUCGUCAGAACCGAUUGGACUAAGUUUGUGAAGCCUCUCGCAGGACUGACUCACUUCUCAUUCGCGGGAAACACUCUAAAUGAGUGGCAAAGUGUUCGUAAAAUGGUUUCAUCGUUUGUAGCGCUGGAAGUGCUGAUCGUAACAGACUGUAUACAAGAUAUGGAGUUUGUUUUCCGCGACAUAAGUCCAACACUUCAUACUCUGGCCAUUAUUAGGUGCGAUCGACUGACUCCCCAAUCAAUACGACGGCUUACGGGACGAAAUGGGCCACACAUUAGAGAGAUUUACGUCGACUUUAAGUUCAUUCACGACUCGUUUGGUGUGAUUGAAGCUAUUUAUGAAUUGCUCACCGAAUUGGAGUCAUUUCGCGCCCUUAACAUCAGUGGCCAGACGUUUACCGAAUUUAAUCACUAUUUGUUGGAAAACAAUUUGUCGAUCACAAUGAAUGCCGAACCCAUCGCCGACACGAAUCAAUUGUUUGCAUUGAUUGGCAAAGAGUUGUCAAGCGUUGAGAUGAGAGGACCGGUGUUUCCCAAUUUAUUGAAGAACUUGACCGCAAAUUUGCCCGUUUGUCAAGACCUUAAGCUAAUUGAUUGCGAUAUUCAUUGCGAUUGCGGUCUCGAUCUCCAAGUGUUGGCUCCCGAAGAGCGCCAUUCAUGUCAACAAUGAGUGAAUGGUUUGGGAGUAGACUUCAUAUUAUUGGACACACUUUUAUUUUGGGUCCAUUUCUCGCGAUUGCCAUCACUUCCGGCAAAGUAUCCGCUCUUCGCUUCAGACGCUGUCGUGUUAUUUGUGAAGACUUUCUCGCGUCUCAUGAAAUCCAUGUCCGCACCGGACGGCUGUCCAGAAGCGGUAUAUCUAUCGUAC